AUGGAUAUGGUGGAGGAUCAGGUUUCUUGGAUGAACACAGCUUACGCUGGCAAGGAGCCGUGGACACUUGAAUAUUCCGACUUUGGUGUCGUUCCCCCUCACGUAGACAUGCAAGUGCAAUUCGAUUUGAUCAACGUAUCGUAUGUCCACGAUGCGGAGUGUGCCAGGAACAUGUUCACCGUACCGUCCCUUGCGUCGCGGCACAAUCAGAACGGUGAGGGGAUGCUCACAUAUAUCAUCGCGACAGAAGACCAGUCUGGCAUUCUAGGCAUGGCAGAAUUCCCCACGAGAGUGCAAGAGUCCAGCAAUGAGCUGUCCGUCAACAUCAACCUCGAGACCAUGCGGCGUUUCUCCAGCAAGAGAGGCCUACAGGACCUGGCCUACGACGAGGGGGACACCUGCAUACACGAGGGCGGGCACUCGCUCGGGCUGCUGCACACGUUCGAGGGUGGCUGCUCGCACGGCGACAAGGUGGACGACACUGCGGCGGAGGAGUUCCCCUCCUACUCGUGCACGGAUGGUCGCACAUGCCAUAGCCCGGACCCCAUCCACAAUUUCAUGGACUACGCGCCAGACACGUGCAUGAGCGGAUUCACGGAGAGCAGCAGAAGAGGCGCAUGUGGUGCGUCAUACAGCACCACAGGCCCGUCAUGUACGAGAGGGCGCUGA